UAGUGUAUGUAUCGCACUGUAGUGACAGCUACGUCAAGUUACAUGACUUGCUCGUUUGUGUAAAGCGAAAGCUGAUUGCUUGAAUUGUCAAUCGUUCUUAUUCUACAAUAGACACUUGGAAAGCGAUUUACGAUAUUUCAGGAUGGGCGUAAUUUUCUUGGAACAUAUCGGAGGUACUCGUUUAUUCUCUUGCGCUUCCUGUGACACUAAUCUUACAAACAGAGGUCAGCUGAUAAGCACGCGUUUUACGGGCGCUACAGGCCGUGCUUUUCUCUUUAACAAAGUCGUCAACUUAAAUUACAGCGAGGUACAGGAUAGAGUGAUGUUGACGGGUCGUCACAUGGUCCGAGAUGUCAGCUGCAAAAACUGUGAUGCUAAACUUGGGUGGGUGUAUGAAUUUGCAACAGACGAUAAUCAACGAUACAAGGAAGGCCGUGUCAUCCUGGAACGUGCUUUAGUCACAGAAAGCGAUGGAAUGGGCGAUAAUAUUUAAUACAUUACAAGAAGUAGCACGUCAUAGGAUAAGAAUACUUUAUAGUCAAUGUAAAAUCAGUUGUUCUUUUUCUUAGUGUUCCUCAUAUAUUUGGAGUAAUUGAAAAUUGUUGUAAAGUGUAUGAUAAUUUAUAUUUAAUAUUCAAUAUUUUUGUAAACAUAAAACAUACUUUAUUUUAUGGUAUUACAUAUUUCUAAUGAUCAGCUAUUAUUUUUUUAAAG